CACCUUCAAACCGUUCUGCAAACUAUCGCCCAUCCCAUCUCAAAUUUCCACACCAUCCAUUGAAGUCGCUUGCGUACAUAACUUCCCAACAAACGCCCAAAAUGCAGGACGCCAAUGACGCCGCUAAGCGGAUUUCGGAAUCACUUGCGGGAGCGGCUAGUAGUGCUAACAAGGAAGCCAACAAGAGUGUUGCCAAAGAUCCACACAAAAGUCUCUCCACUAGGCUUGCCGAUGCGAAGAAAACCAAAAGAAAAAAGAGAAGCACUAGGGUCCACGAUAUUCUCGACCCAAACUGCAAUCGACGUCCUCAUUUUUUUUUCCUCCUUUUGGUGAUUAUGAAGAGGAUAUGCAUGGCUAAUAAUAUCAUGUACCUACAUAAAUAGUUCCCUCUUGUUAUCAAACUUACCGAAGAAAUUUUUUAUCUUUUG